AUGGCCAAGAUAGAGAGGCUUCCCGGCACCAAUGUCGCCAACUUCCUAGAGAAGCGACAGCUGCUUAUUGCGAUCAAUUGCAUCGCCGCGCUGAAUUCUAAGGACUAUAUCGAUCUCAUGGGCCUCGGAUACGUCGAUCCGGACACAGAUGAGCCUAUUAUCACGGACAGUCUGCUGCAAGGCGGUAUCGUCUCAGUCUACUACCUAGGAACUUUAUUCGGGUGUUUAGGCGGAGGAUGGGUUGGUGAUAAGAUCGGUAGAAUAAAGACUAUCGCCUUGGGAUCAGUAUGGGCCGUUAUAGGAGCGAGCUUGCAAUGCUCGGCUAUGAAUCACAGCUGGAUGAUCUGCGCUCGUGCUGUGAACGGCAUCGGAACUGGUAUCCUAAAUGCCAUUGUCCCUGUCUGGGCGACUGAAACGGCGGAACACACUUCGAGAGGUCAAUUCAUCGCCAUCGAGUUCACUUUGAAUAUCUUCGGUGUUGUCGUCGCUUACUGGCUCGAAUUUGGCUUAUCAUUCAUCGAUAAUGGUAAUUCAGCAUUCCGAUGGCGAUUCCCCAUUGCAUUCCAAAUUAUCCCACUCCUCGUACUCCUAGGAGCGGUCUGGUUCUUCCCGGAAUCGCCUCGAUGGCUUGCCAAGGUUGGGCGAGUUGAAGAAGCCCGUUUCAUCCUGCAUCGACUGAGAGGGUCAACGGGAGAGGAUCUCCAAAGGGCCGAGUUGGAAUUACACGACAUCACUAACAUCGUCGCCCUCGAAUCUAAAGAGUCUCAAAAGAAUUCGUAUAUAGAUAUGCUCUUUGGUAUCGGCUCGGGCGAGUUGCACACUGGACGACGUGUCCAACUUGUCAUCUGGCUGCAGAUUAUCCAGGAAUGGGUUGGUAUCGCCGGUGUCACCGUAUACGCGCCCACUAUCUUCCGUAUAGCUGGUUUCGACACGUUUAAGAGCCAGUGGAUUAGCGGUCUGAACAAUAUCUUCUACAUGUUUGCCACGCUCAUCUGCGUUUUUACCUUGGAUCGUAUCGGCCGUAGGUGGACUUUAUACUGGGGAGCUGUCGGUCAAGGCAUUGCCAUGUUUCUUGCCGGCGCCUUCUCUAAGCUUGGCCAAGAUGCGACUGCGAAUGGUGAACUGGAUAAGGCCAGCUCUUACGGAGCAGCUGCAGCGUCUUUCGUAUUUAUCUUCACUUCCGUUUUUGGUGCAACCUGGUUGACGGUACCUUGGCUAUACCCUGCCGAAAUCUUCCCUCUCCAGGUCCGAGCAAAAGGAAACGCCUGGGGUGUUGUGGGUUGGUCGAUCGGAAACGGAUGGUUAACACUUCUGUGUCCUGUCAUGUUCGCGAAUAUUGGUUCCACGACACUACACAUAUUCGGUGCGUGCAACAUAUUAGCUAUUCCAAUCGUCUGGGCUCUCUACCCUGAGAGUAACCAGCGGACGCUAGAGGAAAUGGACCUCUUAUUCGCAGCACCUACGCCAUGGGUUUGGGAUGCUGAGAAGACGUUUGCACGACUUAAGGAAGAGCGGCCAGACCUUAUUCAAGCUGCUAAGAGAGGCCAACAUGUCGUUGACCCUGAGGCUGGUAUUCUAGCACAUCCUGCAUCCCCGAAGGAUGAGACGGCAAUCCAUGCGGAAAGCGAGGAAAAUGCGUCCCCGUAG